UGUCCUGUGAUCGUUAUUUCAACCGUGAUCUCGCGGUGAGAGUCCGUCUCCAGUAUCAUAACUCAUUGUAACAGUGUCGUAAACGGAAAUCGCCGACUUCGCAAAUAGACGGAGGCUAUUUGGCAGUCACUGAUAAACCGUGCUAGAAGACGACACUCAGCGGGUCCAAAGGAGAAUCGCUGAAUUGAUGCUACUGUAAUAAGAGGAGGAACUCAGAGAAAUACGAUGGAGAUUCUGGGAGUGAAAUUCGCUCCGUUAAACGUUCCAUUAAAUCGGAGAUUAGAAACGCUGUCAGCCGCGCUUUGGAUCCUAAUUUUCGCAUUUGGAAACUUCGCGGGAUAUAUUCUCACCGCCUAUUUUCUUUUCUUCACUCAAACCAUGCGCUACUUCGUAUUGCUUUACUUCGUCUGGAUGUAUUACGAUUGGAACAAGUGCGAGAUAGGCAAAAUAAGGAGAAAAUUCAUGCAGUGGACUAGAAACUGCGCGUGGAAUCGAUACUUUUGUAACUACUUUCCUAUAAAAUUAGUGAAAACCGCUGAUUUGGAUCCGAACAAGUUGUAUUUAUUCUGUAUCAUCCCGCAUGGGGUCCUGUCGACAGGAGUUUAUGGCGCAUUCGGAACAGACAUCAUCGGCUGUAGAGAACUUUUCCCGGGUCUCGAAUUUAGAGUCGUCGUACUUGAUCAAUUCUAUAAGUCGCCGCUUUACCGCGAGUAUAUGCGCUCCAACUGCUGUUUUCCGAGUACUGCAGAAUGUAUAAAACAACAACUAUCGACGAGACCUUCGCCACCGUACACCGGAAGGGCGACGAUUCUGAUCCCCGGUGGUGCGGCAGAAGUAUUCGAAUGUAAGCCGGGCACUUAUCGCGUCCUGAUAAAAAGAAGAAAAGGCUUCGUAAAGCUCGCGCUGCAAAAUGGAAACCCUCUGGUUCCUGUCUGUUCAUUCGGAGAAACGGACGUUUACGAUCAAUUAACCUGGCCAGAUGGCUCAUACGUGAAGAGACUACAGGAAUUCAUUCGUAAGAAAAUCGGUGUACCGCCGAUUCUACUAGUUGGUCGAGGAUUCUUUCAAUACAGUUUCGGUCUUAUCCCUCGACGGAAGCCGAUUACUGUCGUUGUCGGUAGUCCUAUGGAGUUACCGAAGAUAGAAGAACCAACGAGAGAACAAGUCGAGGAAUAUCACAAGAAAUUCGUCAAGCACCUGGUGAACCUUUUCGAGAACGAGAAACACAAGUACAUCGAGAACGCGGAUUCGGUGCAUCUUGAGUUCGUAUAGUGAUAUCACGAAA